AUGGCGGGACAAGUGCGCCAGCCGAUAGACAUCUCCUCGUUGGAGCGGUAUAUUGACCAACACGUUCCAGCCCUCAGGACUUCUCUGGAUUUCGGCUUUGGUCAAUCCAACCCUACCUACCAGCUUACCGCCGCUGAUGGCAAGAAGGUCGUUCUCCGCAAAAAGCCUCCUGGCAAGCUACUCUCGAAAACAGCACACAUGGUCGAGCGGGAGUACAAGAUUAUCUGUGCUCUGAGAUCCACCGAUGUUCCUGUUCCGGAGGUACACUGCCUCUGCGGGGAUGACAGCGUGACCGGUACCCCCUUCUAUAUUAUGGACUUCCUGGACGGGCGACAUUUCACGGACCCAUCGAUGCCUGGAGAUGCAUUGCAGACUCUGGCCAAAUUCCACUGUGUGGCCCCCAAGUCCGUCGGACUCGAGACAUUCGGCAAACCGACCGGAUUCUUCGACCGCCAGAUCGCAACAUUAACCGCCAUCUCGAAGGCUCAGGCCCAGGUGGUAGACGCAGACACCAGAGAGCCCGUCGGAGAGCUCCCCCACGUCCAUGACAUGGUGCGUUUCUUCUCGAACAAGACCGCCCAGCCGCUGGAUCGCGGUACUCUAGUACACGGCGACUACAGGAUCGAUAACAUUAUCUUCCACAAAACGGAGCCGCGUGUGAUCGGGAUUCUAGAUUGGGAGAUGGCGACGGUCGGACACCCGCUGUCAGAUUUCUGCAAUCUCACCAGCCCCUACAUUAUGGACGGGGUGGACAACCAGGUCGACCUGUUUCAGCCUGGCAAGACGCCAGGCUUACCCUCUCGCGAGGACUGCAUUCGCUGGUACAGCGAGGUCGCUGGCUGGAACCCGGCCGUCGACCUGCUCUGGGGUGAUGCGUUCUUCGCUUUCCGGGGCUCCGUGAUCAUGCAGGGCAUUGCGGCCCGAUUUGCAGGUCGACAGGCUAGCAGCGCCAGGGCAGUCAAUUAUGCGAAGAGGGCAAAGCCGUUUGCUCUCGGAGCUUGGGAGCGGGUGAAACAGGUAGAGAGGGCCGUAUCAGAGAAGGGCAAGUCGUAG